AUGUCCUCCUCCCUCCGCCACAUCCGCCUGCUCCCCUCUCUAAAUCAAAGCGCCGCCUCCCACCCAAGCUACCCCAGCUACGCGCUCGCGACACGCAUCCAGACACAGCUGCAACUCGACCUGCUUUCCUGGAAAGCCCAGCCCCCUUCCACGCGCGGCCCGCCCCCGCCCCCGACGCUCUUGUCGUUCACGCCGGCCCCGACGUAUACCUUUGGGCGGCGGCAAACCGAGCCCCUGGCCGCAGCGGAGCUGGAGCGGUUGCGGGCGCCGCUGAGGACGGGGGAAUGGAGAGGUGGUAGGGGGGGUGCUGGUGCUGGUGGUAACAAUGAAGGCGCACCCUGGUUCACGCCCAUAACCACCCACGCGCCGCGCGGCGGCCUGACGACGUACCACGGCCCGGGCCAGGUCGUCUUCUGGCCCGUCAUCGAUUUGCGCGCGCCGACAUACGCGCCGCUUACCGUGCGCGACUACGCGUGUCUAUUAGAAAAAACGACAAUAGCGACGCUGGGGCGGCGGCCGUGGGGGCUGCGGGGGUUCACGACGGGGAAUCCGGGGGUGUGGGUGCGGCAUGGGGAGAGCAGGGCAGAGUGGAAUACUACGAAAGAAAACGAGAACGACGAGCGCAAGAUCGCAGCCCUGGGUGUGCACCUUCGCCGCCACGUCACCUCCUUAGGUGUCGCUAUCAAUGUUAACGUGCCCGUCACCGGCCCCGAGGACGCGAACCCCUGGGCGCGCAUCGUGGCGUGCGGCCUGGGCGACAAGGGCGUGACGAGUAUCGCGCACGAGCUGCGAGACUACGAGCAGCAUGCCCUUUCGGAGGAGACGCUAGCGCGCCAGUGGGCGGCUGAGUUUGCGCAGCAUCUGGGUCUGGGCCCGCGGGCCGAUGGGGCUGAUGAGAAAGGGCCGGACGAGGGGCCGGUGUGGGAUGUGGACGUGGGCGAUUUGCUAAGGGGCUGGGGCUGGGGGUGGCAAGCAAUUUUCGAAUAUUACUAA